CCUGUCCGUACACUCACCACACAAACCCUCCUGUCGUGGGUGGCACCGACGUCCUGCGCGCCUCGUAAUUGCGCACCGCGGAUCUCACUUCCAGCGGCACCGGCGGCCGCGGAUCACGCAGCCGUGAAGGCGGAGAGAGAGGCUCCGCACGUCCCGUGAUUUACGGCCGAGAAAGAGGAGAGGUGCGUCCCCGGAGGUCCAGCGAAGGGUGGCGCCCUGCGCAUCUCAUCCAACGCCUGGACUCACCGUGUCGCCUCCCAGGGGCCCGGGGGGGACCCACAGUCACAGCCCGCUCCUGCAGCUCCUGCAGCUCCUCUGCCCCGGUCUCCACUGGCUCAUUUCUCCGCGGUGACCGGCAACAUGUGCGCCUGGGUGGUGUGAAGUGGACAUUUCCCUCGGAUACGCCAAGUACCCGACGUUACGACGCACCUUGUGUAAUAGAGAGCCAUGAGCACUGUGGAGGAGGAGCCGGAUCACAUGAUACCAUGAAGACGAGCCUGCAGGUUCUGCGCUGCCAGCUGCUGAGUGUUCUAGCAUUCCUAGCACUGCCAGUAGGACUGGUUUCAUCAGCACAGGAGCUGCACCUCAGCCAGACGUCCCAGGACUCUGUCUCCAUGGCAGCUGCCCACAGCGCCACCUCGUCUCUCCCCGAUCCUCCCCACCUGGACUGGCGUCAGGAAGGCUCCAGUAGCGGGGAAUGGUCGUCCAAAGGAGGUACUCAAGCAACAGGUGUCAUUCUCCCUCCUCUUCUCCACCCGUCAACCUGGCCGCACACCACCCAAAUCUCCAACCUGCAUGAAGACCCUCCUGUUCAUGACACAAAUACUGUCCUGCCAAACACGUUGAGCACUGGAAGCUGGGUUAAUCAGCCCCAGGAGUCCAGCUCUGAUGGAAGCCAAGGCCAUAUGAAUAAGUUGGUCAGGGUUUCUCAAGUCCACAACCCAGUUAGAGUGAACGCAAACCAGGCCAGCAGCACAGCGCUCCCAAAUAUAGACAUGGACUCUACAACCAGAAGUGCUCCGAACCCCCUGGGUCUCAUGUCCAACUCUGGAUCAGACAGAGGAGACACACUUGCUCGAGAGCCUCACAAGUCGAGCUUGGAACAACCCACUGAGCAUGCUCGGGGUGUCCCGGAGGUGGCUGCACACCACGCCAUCACCCUGAGGGAGGUGCAUGCAGCGAACGAGCCCCCCACCGACGGGCUGGUGGUAGACUCACAGGCAAGGUCUGCUUCCCUGCUGGAGAGCCCACCAGAGAAUCAAACCUCUACUGCGUCCACCCCAGCCCUGUCCACUGAGCUGGGCCUUAAAACACCGGAUCCCACAGUCAACCACACUGCACCCAUCGAGACCACCGCUGUGGGUCAUGGUCGGGUUUCCCAUGGUAACGGCACAGACAGUCCUCCUCUGAGACAGUGGCCUGGGAAUGUAACGACGUACGGAGGGCUGCUCCCCAACGGCAGCUCGGCCGAGGAGUCGCCUGCUAAGGGGAACAGCUCUGAGAACGCCUCCACCGCCAGCAGGAACUUCCUCAACAGGCAGGUUCCCGCCACCACCCAGGACCCCUGGACACCCGGCAACAGCUCCGACCCCACCGUGGACUCCCCACCGUCCCGCAUGACCAUCUGCCUGAGCAGGAUGGACAUCGUGUGGAUCGUGCUGGCCAUCAGUGUGCCCGUGUCCUCAUGUUCUGUGCUGUUGACCGUGUGCUGCAUGAGGAGGAAGAGGAAGUCGUCCAGUCAGGAGAACAACCUCAGCUACUGGAACAACGCCAUCACCAUGGACUACUUCAGCAGGCACGCUGUGGAGCUGCCCAGAGAGAUCCACACUCUGGAGAGUGAGGACCAUGACACCUGUCUACCCCCUAAUGGAGACUACAGCGGCAGCAGCGUGGUCCUGGUUAACCCUUUCUGCCAGGAGACCCUCUUCAUCAACAGAGACAAAGCUUCUGCCAUCUAGAGACAGAAAAUGAGAAGACGUUGACUGAGUCUCCUCCUCUACUCCCCCUGCUGUCGUUGUCUAUUUUAUAUAUGUGGUAAAUAUUCAGAGACUUUUGACUUUAUACUGUAUAUUAUAAAAACAAAGAGCAACCUGGAAGGAUGUAAACAGACACUAUUUACUAUGAGGAUGCACCUGCAUAUUUUUCUGAUGUACAUUUUCUACAAAAAGGCUUAAUUGUGAUUUAAAAAAAAGGUUUUUAUUGUCUUUAUAAAAUACAGAGUAUAUGUGGUUUUGUUUCAUGACAGUGGCUUGAUGGCGAGUGCACUGUGAAUAUUGCCACAUAAACCUGCUUGAGAGAGAGAGAGAGAGAGACGUGCUAUGAAAACAUUAAAGCUGUAAUUUUACUUUUUCCUUUCAAAUCAAUCCCAAAAUACUUAUAGCCUGUUGAACUUGAAUAUAGCACCUACAAUAUUAACUCGGGGGAGGGGGCAGAGAUUUGUCGCAAAAUGCUGUGAGUGAAAUCAGGGUCUGUAUUUAUCAAACUAUUAAACUAAGAAAGUCAAGUUGAAGAAUUGAAAGAAAGAGUGAUAUCUGAUUCUCAAGUGAUCACGUGAUGAAUCUGCUCAUCGGCAAUCAGGAACAGGAUUGUGUCCCAUUGAUCAUUUUUCAGGAAAACUUAUUUUUCAUAUUAAUCUGAAUAUGUCAUUUUUAGUUCAUUUUCAUUGUGUGAACUCCGUUUCCCUCAGUUAAAUGACACAAAGACCUUAUACUUCUAUAAUAAACAACACAUUUGUGAAUAAUAACAAUACAUUUGAUAUGUAGCAUGAAAGAAUUGAGCUAAACAUAAAUCUGACAUUAAAAACAGUAACAAAUAGAGGAUUUUUACAUUUUGAAUAAGGAAUAAAUCAGAGGAAAUAGGAUGUAAACAAAAUGAUUACUGUAAAUUACUGUACAUUAGAGGCUACACAGUGUAAUAAGAAUAAUUUAGUACCAUUCAGACAAUGAAGAUGCAUGGGAAGUGAUUGGAAUCAAAAUCAGAGCCAGAUUUGUUGUUUUACAGCCUGACAAAGGUAAAAAUACAAAACAAAAAGAAAACAGUGUAAGAUCUUGUUCAAUCUAAAUAGCAGCCUAAACAAACCUGAUUAUGGAUAAUACAGCUAAUCAUGUUAUUCAUAUAAUGACAAUAAUAUUCUGCAAAAUCACUUUAGGGCAUGUGCUCACUUCUUUCUCUGUUAAACUCGUAAAAAAGUAGACGAGCACAUUUUAUUCUUAAGUUUCAAAGCAGUUGUAUAAAUAUAAAGUACAGUUUGAUAAAUAUCAGCCCAGGUUUAACGGUAUAUUUGGAUGAUUUACGGUCUUUACAUCUGGCUGUUCUGAACGAUGGUGAGUCGGUCGGUCGAGUGGAACUGACUUAAAGUGGCUUUCCCCCUUGUGUGUCACCAGCUUCUCUUAAGAGGGACCACAUAGAUGUCUUAACUCUUUACGUUGGCCCUUUAUAUAUCAGUGUGUGUGUGUGAAUGCCUUGUUCGUGCAUGUAAGCAAACUGUGAGCGUGGAGUAGAAUGUGCGAGAGUGGACGGAUCAGUUGAAGCGAGCUGCCCCCACUUAACCAAAUAUCACUGUUACUUUAAGUCAAACAAGACUUUGUAUCACAUCUGUUUCUCUGUGUGUGUGUGUGUGUGUGUCUUUCUGUCUGUUCAUCCUCUUCGCUGUUUUGUGGAGUCGCUACUGGUUAUAGCCCAACGUGAGAAAUCAUUUCUCAGCGCUGUAUGGAAACAAUUAGACCAUCCCUUGCUACUGUAAGUGUUUCCCCAGAUACUGUGUUAGUCCAUUAAUGUAAAUCGUGUUUGUUGAAAUGUCGAAUGAUUGUGAAUGAUUCCUCUGGACAACACGACGUGUGUUAGAGUCUGUCAAAGAUCCUGACCAUUGAAAACACUGAGACAAAAAAUGUACAGUAUGCUGAGUAUUUACUGUGAGCACAUACAGAGGCGUUUGAAUCGUUCUUUUGUUGAAUUAUUGACCCUGUGGCCCUUCUAUCAUCUCUUUUACUUUGCAUUGCUGCAGUUUUAUUCAAUAAUCGACGCUGCCUGCCUCUAUUGUCGCUAAAGAUUUUCUGCAUUGUGCGAUGUUGUUCAGAAGUCACCGAUUCAAGCGGUGAUGGUGAAUGACACAGUUAAACAUAUUGAUAUUUCCUGCAUCGGAUGCUCACAGGUGGGCUUGUUGUUUUGCACGCUCAAAAAGUGGAUAUUUUACAAAACGUUCGGUGAAGCAGUGUUCAACAUUAUGUAUUUUUUGUACUGUAGUAUACACUGUACUUUUUACUGCUGAGCAAUAAAACAAACAAAAAAACUCUGA